AUGGCAAAUUCAAUGGAAAAAAAUGAAAAGGAAAAGGUAGAUGUCCAUACAAAUAAUAUUGAUCUUAAUGAAUAUACAUAUGUUAUAAAUAAUUCACACAGUUCGGAUGAUGAAGGUGAAGAGGAUGUUUCAUCAUCAUAUGAUGAGAACGAUAAGGAGGAAUAUACAAAUGAUGAAUUAAUAAAAGAAGAUGAUAGUAAUAAUAAAAAGAAUAAAGUAUUAGAUAGAAAUAAAUAUCGAAAUGAUGAUAUUAUAAAUAAUAAUAUAAAUGGUCGUAAUGGUUUGAUAAAUAAUAAUGAAGGUUUUAAAGAUAUAUCAGAAGGGAACAUGAAUAAAGAGGAUAGUUUAAUAUGUGAUAAAGAUAAAGAAGAAAAUGUUGAAGUAAUAAAUAAUAAAAAGAAUGAGAAAUAUAAUAAUAAGAAUAAUUGUAAUAUGUUUAAUAAGGAUGAUAAUACUUGUGUUAAAAAAAAUAGAGAAGGGUAUGAAUUAAACCAUAAAAAUAAAAACAUGGUCGAUAAUAAAUAUAUAUAUGUAAGAUUAAAGACAAAUGAUUGUAAUAAUAAUAUAUAUAAAUGUCGAAUAGAAAAAAAUAUUACCAUUAAAAAAAUGAAGAAAGGAUUAAAUAAAAUAUUAAAUAAUAAUAAUAAUAAUAAUAAUGAUAUGAAUUAUCGAAUUAUAUAUAGAGGAAGAUCAUUAAAAGAUGUUGAUGAAAUAGAUAAAUAUAAUAUAAAAUUUAAUGAUAUAAUAUAUGCUAUAAAAGUUCAUAAAAAAAAAAAUGGAAAUGAUGUAACUCUAGAUUCAGGUAUUACAAGUUCACAAUUAAGUACUUUAAAUGAUGAAUAUAAUGAAUAUGGUAAAUAUGGACAAAAUGAUGGUAUAUCAAAAUUAAUAUCUAAUAUGUUUGAUAAUAGUGAUUUUAUUAAAUCAAUAAUGGAUUCUAAUAAACAAUUAAAAAAGUUAAGAGAACAAAAUUCUGAUUUAAAUCAUAUUUUAAAUGAUUCUCAGACAUUAAAACAAUCUUUUGAAAUGAUUAAGAAUCCAUCUUUGAUGAAAGAAUUAAUGAAAAAUACUGAUAGGGCUAUUAGUAAUAUUGAAGCUAUACCUGGAGGUUUUAAUACAUUAAGAAGAAUGUAUCAUAAUAUUCAAGAACCAAUGUAUGAAUCUACCGAGAAAUUAAUUGAUAAAAAGUUAAAUAAGGUUAAACAUUAUGAUUUAAAUUCUACAUCACCACCUACAAGUGAAGCCUUUCCUAAUCCGUGGGCUUCAAAAAAUUCCAAAAAUAAAAAUAGAAUAAAUAAUAAAAAUAAUUAUAAUUUAAACAACUUUGAAAAAUUCUUCCAAACAAAUGAUAAGACACAAAAUUUUAAAUCAAAUGUAUCAACAGAUAAUAACAAUAAUAAUCAUACUAAUAGUCUGUUGAAUAAUCAAAAUAACUUAUUUUUUGACAAAAACAAAAGGGGAAGUAAUAAUACAAGUACUAACAAUAAUACGACACAUAAUAUUAUGAAUAAUAAUAACUUGAAUGAUCUUAUGAAGAACUCCUUUUUGAGUAAUUCAUUGGUUCCCUUAUUAAAUAAAUUACAGCUUCCACAAACUAACAAAAAUGUUAGUAAUAAUAAAAAUGUUAUAAAUGGUAAUAAUGAUUAUCAAAACAAUUUAACAGAUGAAUAUAAAAAUAGCACACAACAUGUUCAUAAUUUAGCGCAUACUAAUAAAAAUCAAAAUGAUACCUUGUCCACAAAUAGAUUAACGAACAAUAAUAAGGAUAAUAAAUUAGAUGAAACAAUAGAAAAUUCAUCUAAUAUGUUAAAUAAUUUUUUCAUGAGUAUGAAUAAAAAUUUAAAUAUGAAUUCCACAUCACCGACAAAUAAUACAUCAAGUGAUUUGAUGAGUACAAUAAAUAUGAUAAAUAGUUUAACUAAUCUUGGUAAUUAUAAUACUCCUUAUGGAAAUAUUGUAGGUGAAAAUACAACAACAAAUAAUAGCAAAAAUAAUGCUCACAAUAAUAAUAAUAAUAAUAAGAAUAAUAUUGAUAGUGCUAGUGGUAGCAUUCCUCCAUAUUAUAUGGAUCAGUCUUUUAUUUUGGAAGCCAUGAAUUUUUUAAGAAAUACCACAAACAAUGACAUUGUCAAUAAUAAUAAUAAUAAUAUUAAUAGUAACAGUAGUAACAAUAACCGUUUUAAUAAUGCCUUGUUCAAUAACACGCCUCUUAAUAAUAAUUUCAGCAAUUUUAUGAAUGUACUUCAAAAUGUGGGGACAGGAAAUGGAUAUAUACCAAGUGGGCGUACGAAUAAUACAAACGAAAAUCAAGCACCAAGAGCUAUUGAAAAUGAAGUAAAAAAUGUAGAACAGAAACAAGAAGGAAUACAAGAUACCCUUAAAAGUACCGAUAUAUUAAAUAUUAAAAAUAAUGAUACUAAUAUAAAUAAUAAUAUUAAUGGAGGAGCAAAUGACCACAUUAUAUACUCAGAACAGUUAAAUUCAUUAAAAGGUAUGGGUUUUACAGAUGUCGAAAAAUGUUUAAAAGCUUUAAUUAAAUCAAAAGGUAAUGUAGAAGGGGCCAUAGAUUUUUUACUACUAGAUGAAAGUAAUGUGAAUGAAAGUUGA